UAUUUAUUCACAAGGAGAGCAAAUGCUUAAUUGUUGAAGAAAAAAUAGCGGAAAGGGUAUGCAAAACUUUAAACUGAAAUCGUUUAUUUUUAAAUUUGCAAUUUCUCACGUGAACUUUAAAUCACGAGCAUUGUGAAGUCAGUCGCGGUUGAGAAGCGCUGACUUGUUUACGUAAGAUUACGAACUCAUCCGAAGCAUUGAAUCGGACGAAGGCCGAAGUCUCCCGGUCCCUCCUUAUCGGAAAUCACACAGCUGAUGACUGUUUCAUGUAGAAACGUACCAUCCAUGUGUGAUUUCUUUGGUCCAUGGUAUAAACGCGCAAUGCGUAUACCGACCGACACCGGUGUCACGUAGCGACAUAGUGAUCGUCAACAGACGUCAUCAAGUCGGAAUUCACUCGCGCGAGAAUCGACGUGACAUAUUUAUAUUCAUCCGGGAAGAUCGAAGUUCGAGACGGCGGUAAUCUUUCAAUCAUUGGCGCCGAUUAUCGCCGGGAUCUACCUCCCGAUCUCUUUUUUUCUACCCUUCGUGUUAACAAACACGUAAGCAAGUGCGCACAGUGUUUGCGUUCGUGCCCGCGUUUUUAUCUCUCUCUCUCUCUCUCCACGGAUCGGAGAUCUCGGGCGUGUGCGUUCAUUCUUUUCGUUCCCUCGAGCGAGGAUACAACGGUGCGAGUGCGUGCUCCAACAUAUGCUCAGACAUGUCGUUCGUAGCGCGGAAUCGUCUCUUAUCGGCGCUCGGCGUCGCGCAACGUCUCGUCGUUCCUGUCAAACACGCGCACGUCGCGCGCCCUGCAUACUCAUCCGUUUGUCACAGGAAUGCAGCCUAUCGCAGAACGCUGGAAAAUAAAAUCCUAAUGGCUAAGUACGCGACAACCACAUCAUUAACAAACAAGGAUGAAAUCCGCGAAUUAAUGGCUCUAUGGCCUGACGUGGUUCGCGAUAUCACGGAGUCCAAGAUCUCAGAAAUUCCAGAAAUUUCCAAAUGGAUUGCAAAAGUAUUGCAGUACAAUGUUCCAGGAGGGAAAAAAACUCGCGGUAUGGCAUUAAUUUAUGCGUAUAAAUUAUUGGCCCCCAGCGAUCAACUUACGGAAGAAAACAUCCGCCUAGCACGAAUUUUAGCCUGGUGUUUGGAAUUGGUGGCAUCUUUUAUUCUCGUGUACGACGAUAUCCAGGACAGAUCAUUAAUUCGUCGAAAUCAACCAUGUUGGUAUCUACAUAAUGAUAUAGGUUUAGCGGCCAUUAAUGAUGGUCUAUUGAUGGAAUGUGUUGCGAAUUCACUAAUUAAGAAACAUUUCAAAGGAAAAGAAUAUUAUAUGGAUAUAGUAGAAACAUUCCAAGAAAUUAUAUUGAUGACAGCAAUGGGCCAAGCUUUAGAUAUGUUCUCCACCAAUUUUGGAAAAAAGCCGAAUCUAGAUCUAUAUACAAUGGAUCGAUACAAUAACAUUGUCAAGUACAAAUGUUCGUAUUAUACCUAUAUUUUGCCAGUAACUUUAGCAAUGCAUUUAGCUGGCGUAAGAGAUCCGGAAAAGUUGAGGCAAACGAAAACGAUUUUACUUGAAAUGGGACAUUUCUAUCAAGUACAAGAUGAUUAUCUAGGGUGCUAUGCGAAGUCUGAAGUCGUAGGCAAAACUAGUACUGACAUACAAGAAGGGAAAUGUACAUGGCUGAUUGUUAUGGCACUUCAACGUGCUACAUCAGAGCAACGUAAAAUUUUAGAAGAAUGUUAUGGAUCAUCAGAUCCAGAGAAAGUACAACGUGUAGUGCAAAUUUACAAUGAUCUGGGUUUGCCAAAUACAUAUUCCAUGUACGAAGAAGAGACAUAUAAUCUGUUAGUCACUCAUAUACAGCAAAUGUCACGUGGUCUACCACAUGAUCUUUUCCUGAUAUUAUUGAAUAGGAUGUAUCGUAGACAGCACUGAAAGUGUCACUUGUGCAUUAAAGAAACAGAUUAACGUGUAUUCAGAAUAUAGAAUUAAAAUCAAUGAACAAGAUGUGUUCUGACAUUGUCUGAGAA